AUGAAACUAUCCAUAGUAUUGACUGCACUGCCCUGGACGGCAGCAGCAGCAGCAGCAACCCUCCGUCCCAAAUCCAACGUCGUCAACCAGACCACCUGCGGUGGCACAACAUACGCAUACACCGGUCUGGAAGGCUACGGAUUCCUCCCUUCCAACGCAACCGACAAGUAUGGCGACACAAUCGGCGGAAUCGGCAGUUCUAUAGCCAUUGAGCCAGAUUCCUGGCGCCGAACCGACAAAAACACAUACUCAGGGAUUGUCUACGCUCUACCUGACCGUGGCUGGAACACAAACGGAACCCUAAACUUCCAACCACGCAUCCACAAGAUCGCCCUAAAACUCACCCUCGCACGCAACGCCUCCGCCCAAACCCCCUCCCCCCCAAACCUACACCUAAAAUACCUCGACACAAUCCUCCUCACCGGCCCCGACGGUCUCCCCACCACCGGCCUUGACGCCGACGUAACCGGAGCCGCAUCCUACCCAGGCUACCCGCCGCUGCCGGCAGCCACCUACGUCGGCGACGGCUUCGGCGGCGAAGGACCCGGCGGGAAGCGUAUCUCCCUGGACCCGGAGGGUCUAGCGAUCGACAACGACGGUGGGUUCUGGGUGUCCGAUGAAUACGGGCCGUAUGUGUACAAAUUCAGCAAAGAGGGGAAGAUGGUUCUGGCGAUUCAGCCGCCGGGAGCGAUCCUACCCCGUCGUAAUGGAACAUUGAGUUUCAGCGCGGCCAGUCCGCCGGUGUAUGACCCCGAGCUGGAGAUUAACCCGGAGGAUCCUCAAACGGGUCGGAAUAAUAACCAGGGGUUGGAGGCGUUGACCAUAUCCCCCGACGGAAAGACAUUGUAUACGAUGAUGCAGUCUGCGCUGAACCAGGAGGGCGGGCCGAAGAAGAAGAAUCGGCGGCCGGCCCGUCUUCUGGAGUAUGAUAUUUCUUCUUCUUCUGGGAAGCCAGUGUACAAGCAUGAGUAUGUUGUGCAGUUGCCGAAGUAUGAGGAUUAUACGAAGAAUGAAUCGGUGGUGGCGUCGCAGUCCGAGAUGCAUAUGCUUCCCACUGGGGACUUUUUGGUUCUCUCGCGGGAUUCUGGGUUCGGGCAUGGACAGGAUGAGACGAGGUCUGUGUAUCGGCAUGCGGAUGUGAUUUCGAUUGGCAAUUCGACGACGGAUUUGAAGGGCAAGUAUGAUGGUGUUGGAGCCAGUGUUGCUUCGUCCAAGGGGGUGUUGAAGGAUGACAUUACGCCGGUCGAGUACUGCUCGUUCCUGGAUUAUAAUGUUGAGUCGGAGCUGGCCAAGUUCGGGCUUCAUAACGGUGGGCCGCAGGAUGCGAGGCUGUUGAAUGAGAAGUGGGAGAGCUUUGCGAUUGUUCCUGUCGAGCCGGAACAGCACAAGCGUGGCUCGUCCAAGACGGAGUAUUUCUUGUUCAGCUUCAGUGAUAAUGACUUUAUGACGCAGGAUGGGCACAUGAACUUUGGGCGUUACAAGUACGCCGAUGAAUCGGGUUACAACAUUGAUAACCAGGUUCUGGUCUUCAAGGUGGAAUUCUAA